GAGCGGGCAGGGCGGCCACUUCGCGGCGCGAGAUGCCCACAGCCGAUAAGGAGUGAUGAAAUCUGGAAGGGUCGUCCCUCCCUAGGACGCCGGCGUGCUCUGCCUUGAAGGUUUCUCGUCUACGGAUACCGCCGCUCCUUCACCGACCCCCGCCGCCACCCGCUGGAGCCGGACCUACAGCGGAUACGAGUAGAGUAUCCGCCCUCCCGCCGCUUCCUCCGCCUCUUCCCAUCUUCUCUGCGCCUGCGCGACCGGAACAUUCGCGAAGGUUCCUGAAGCGGAACCGGCGAUUUCCGGAAGCCGGCAGCCGCCCCAGCCGGCAGACCGGUGGUUGCGACAGGGGAGUUGUAAGGAGCUCUUUUGCGGUUCCCGUUGUCUGGGUUGGACCGGUAACGGUGGGACAAGAAAAUGGCCUUGCUGUGCUACAACCGGGGCUGCGGUCAGCGCUUCGAUCCCGAGACCAAUUCCGAUGAUGCUUGUACAUACCACCCAGGUGUUCCAGUCUUUCAUGAUGCGUUAAAGGGCUGGUCUUGCUGUAAGAGAAGAACAACUGAUUUUUCUGAUUUUUUAAGCAUUGUGGGCUGUACAAAAGGUAGGCAUAAUAGUGAGAAACCACCCGAGCCAGUCAAACCGGAAGUCAAGACUACUGAGAAGAAAGAACUGUCUGAAUUGAAACCCAAAUUUCAGGAGCACAUCAUUCAAGCCCCUAAACCAGUAGAAGCAAUAAAAAGGCCCAGCCCAGAUGAACCAAUGACGAAUUUGGAAUUAAAAAUAUCUGCUUCCCUAAAACAAGCACUUGAUAAACUUAAACUGUCAUCGGGGAAUGAAGAAAAUAAGAAAGAAGAAGACAGUGAUGAAAUUAAGAUUGGGACCUCAUGUAAAAAUGGAGGGUGUUCAAAGACGUAUCAAGGUUUACAGAGUCUAGAAGAAGUCUGUGUAUAUCAUUCUGGAGUACCUAUUUUCCAUGAAGGGAUGAAAUACUGGAGCUGUUGUAGAAGAAAAACUUCUGAUUUUAAUACAUUCUUAGCCCAAGAAGGCUGUACAACAGGGAAACACAUGUGGACUAAAAAGGAUGCUGGCAAAAAAGUUGUUCCAUGUAGACAUGACUGGCAUCAGACUGGAGGUGAAGUCACCAUUUCAGUAUAUGCUAAAAAUUCACUUCCAGAACUUAGUCAAGUAGUAGCAAAUAGUACUGUGUUAAAUGUGCACAUUGUAUUUGAAGGAGAGAAAGAAUUUCAUCAAAACGUGAAAUUAUGGGGUGUGAUUGAUGUAAAGCGAAGCUAUGUAACUAUGACUGCAACCAAGAUUGAGAUCACCAUGAGAAAAGCUGAACCUAUGCAGUGGGCAAGCCUUGAACUGCCUGCAGCCAAAAAGCAGGAAAAACAAAAAGAAGAUAUAACAGAAUGAGUUGAGAGGGGAAAAAAAGUUAUUGUCUAUUCCAGAGUUCUUAAUAUGUGGUGAAGUGGUGGCUUGCUGCUGUAAUGUUUUGUUUUGUUGAUGUUGAUGUUGAAUCUGGCAUUUCAGGGUCAACAGUAGGUUCUUAAAAGCCAAAGUCAGUUUAUCUUUUUGUGCCUCCCAUCUUCCUUUUGAGUUACCUAAGAUUGAUUAUUCAUUUCUCCUCACUCAUAGAACUGUAGUUGUGUCCUGUACUUGAAGAAGCUAGAAACCAGCUCAUAAACAGUUACAGUAUUUUUUAAUGUAAUAUUAUGUUAAGCAGAGAAAUAAAAAGGAACAUUUGUUCACAUCUCUAUUAUCCCAUAAUUAGUAAAGCAAGAUGGAAUGUCAAAUUUUUAAUUAGUUUUUUCAUGAGUUUGUGUUCCUAUAAUACUUGAAAAUCUUUAAGGAAGAGUUGGAGCUCUGCAUUGUUCUUUCCACUAGGGACAGUUACUUUUUCUAGGAGGGUUAAUUCUGAGGUAGUGUAGUAAGCAGUUAAAGGAGAAUGUAUGCAUUGAUUAACAAAUUAGAAUUUGUUUACAACUAAUUGAAUUUUAAAUUAGAUAAGCACCUAUGUUACUUGCCAAACAAUAUGAUUUAAGAGUAUAGGAAACAUAAAGAAGAGUAUAGUGGUAUCAAUUUGGUUAAAAUUCACCAUUUUCUAUGACUUAAGCAAUAAUGUUGAACGUCUCUUUCCUGAUUAUUUAUGGGAUCUUUGUAUGGUGUUAUGACUAAAUUUAUAGUCAUAAAUUUAGGCUGAUUUGUAGCCUACAUCCUCUUAAAAUCUUGAAUUAGAUACAUAUAAAGAGAAAUUAUAUCUGGCCUCCCUGGUAUCUAUAAAAUUAUAGGCUUAAAGGCUUCUGGAAAUACAUUAGGGUAUCAGAAAACUAAAUAUUAAAGCUUUGCUUUAUGACAACUAUUACAUGUUAAAUAAAAUAGCUUAAUUCUUUUGGAGGUUUUUUUCUUAGACUUUCAUGAACAGCUUGAUAAUUCUAGGUGAUACAGUGUUGAUAAUAUAUUGUGCUUUAUUAAAUGUAGGUAUCACACAAUUAGAUUGUUUGUGCUAAUUGAACCCAUUUCAGGAUAAGUUACUUUUUGAGGCAGUGCAGAGCUCAUGAAGAAAACUAAAAUCAAGAAGUUAUGAAGGCCAAAACAGGCAGAACUUAAUAAGUUUGGGUAUGAAUUUAUGCUUAUAUAGAUUAAAAUGAUUAUUUUCCAAGCCCCUUGAGUGUUUUUCUUUUCUUGGUAUUGAUGGAAUUUCGUAUAAAGAAAAAUUUGCAGAAAUACAAUUUUAGGUGAUAAAGAGUUAGUAUAUCUCAUUGUACUACCCUUAGCAAAUAACUGUUACAUACAGUUAUGUAAUUAUUAAAUGGUUUAGC